UGCACGACUACUUCCGUUCCACUGUGGAAUUUUGAGUGCACUAUUUAUGGUGGAUAGAUGCAUACACUCAAUAGGGCGAACACGCUAUAGAGAGUGACACAGCCCAUUUCCUGCAUAAUGGCUGCUCACGAUUGUUUGAAUAUCUGCAAGACCUAAUGCAUGGAUGUAUGAUAAUUAAGAUUAGAGUAUAGUGUACGAUUUGAAGGCUUUACUCAUCACGUGUAGGCGCCUCCUCUUCGUCACCUCCCAUACUCCUUACGUCAUGCGUCCGUCUGAGCAGGAAGGUUAGCUAAUGCUGAUUGGUCUGUUCAGCCAAUGUAAACAUGUAGGUUAGCCGUUUCAUCCUUAUUGCUGUUAAUUAAGCGCUGUUUCUUUUGUGGCAGUAGCCGGAAUAAUGAUGACUGAGUUACUGAAAAUAAUGGUUUGGCAGUGUAUUGUUAGCUUGACAACUAGCUAACACGGAACAGCUAACCGUCGGGUCGUGUUUGUAUGAGCCUAGCUUUGCUAAUUAGACAGCUAGCUUCCAGUUGACAGCCACAGAGAGCUAAAUCGAGGUUAGCCAAACAAAGGAGGAUGACAAGUAAUGUUAUCUAACAAGGAAACGUCAAGAAGUUGAGAAAAAAAUGGAGGAAUCAAUACGUGUUGGUGCCUCAUCACCGGUGAAUGGAAGACAAGACUGGGACACCAAACGGAGGAGGAAAAUUGCGGACAUCACCCAGGCACUGAGCGUGACUCCAGUGGAUGUGGCAGCUCUGAGGAGAAUGGCUAUCAGUGAAGGAGGACUGCUGACUGAUGAGAUCCGCUGUCAGGUCUGGCCUCGGCUUCUCAACGUCCCCCUUCAUGUACUGGAUGAGGAGCCAGAAAAAGUGGAGCGGGAGAAUAACAAGGACUACAGUCAAGUCCUGCUGGAUGUUCAGCGCUCACUGCGGAGGUUUCCUCCUGGUAUGCCAGAUGAGCAGAGGGAGGGUCUCCAAGAAGAGCUAAUUGACAUCAUCCUCCAAGUUCUGAAACGUAAUCCCCAGCUGCACUACUACCAAGGAUACCAUGACAUUGUUGUCACCUUCUUAUUAGUCCUGGGAGAGCGCCUUGCAACUGCUCUUGUAGAAAAGCUCUCCACGCAUCACCUCAGGGACUUCAUGGAUCCCACCAUGGACAACACAAAACAUAUUCUGAACUAUCUGAUGCCCAUCAUUGAGAGGGUCAACCCUGAGGUGCAUGACUUCAUGCAACAGGCUGAGGUGGGCACGGUCUUUGCUCUCAGUUGGCUGAUCACCUGGUUUGGGCAUGUGCUGUCAGACUUCCGCCAUGUUGUCCGGUUGUAUGACUUCUUCUUGGCCUGCCACCCUUUGAUGCCCAUUUACUUUGCUGCUGUGAUUGUACUGUACAGGGAAGAGGAGGUGUUGGAGUGUGAAUGUGAUAUGGCGAUGGUUCAUCACCUGCUGUCACAAAUUCCCCAGGAUCUGCCGUAUGAGACACUCAUCAGCCGAGCAGGAGACCUGUUUGUCCAGUUUCCUCCUUCUGAACUGGCUAAAGAGGCUGCCUCAUAUGAAAGCAUGGCGACCUCUACCUUUAAGGACUUUGACCUCGCGUCCACUCAACAGCAACCAGACUCUGUUCUCCGUCGUCGACCCAGACAAAAACAGUCUGCUCUGGAGAGCUCCCCGGCAAGCUCAGUAGUAGCAGUAGCACAGCCUUCAGCAGCACGGCGGUUUGUUCGACUGGCUGUCAUGGGUCUGACAGUGGCUUUAGGGGCAGCAGCUUUCACGUUGAUGAACACUGCCCUGGAGUGGGCCCCCAAACUGGACCUGUUUCCUUGAACUGCUCCUCCUUUACCCCUUCAAUGCAACUCAUCCAUUCUUGACUGAAGUUAGCUGGUGGGUCUGAUUCUAAGAGCCCUUUAAUUAAUUAACCCACAAGCCCUGCAGCCAGUAACACUGUCUGGGGUGUACUGUCUAAACUGAAGUAAUUAACACUCUUCUUUUAAUUUUCAGGAUGUGUCUAAACAUCCUGCUGUAUGGAGGGUUUCUAAGGGCCCAGCUGGGGCCCAGCUGCUCCUGAAGAGCAUGCACCAGUAUAACAGCUACACUUGCUGGUGUUGUGAAAUGUAGAAUCCAUCCUGUUGUCAUGAAGAGACUGUAUUUCUAAGACCUAUUAUUGACAGUGUCAUUAUUAAAGUCUAUUUAUAUUUGGUAUUGCAAUAAUCUAAUACUGAGUUAUGCUCGCAGAGAUUUAUGCUGAAAGCUCGGUGGAUUCACUACACUUGAAACUGCUGCCAAUUAAGAGAUCUUGCGUAUGUGUGUGUGUGUGUGUGUGUGUGUGUGUGUGGUGACGACAAACUCUUUGCUAUCUGUUUGAUACCUGGACUAAGACCAAAUAGACAACUGUUAGAAUCCUGUCUUUGUUUACGAUUUCUUAAUAUAAACUGGUAGGUAUGUAAAGUAGCCAUAUAGAGACAUGAUCAUGUUAAACAAGCACUUUUUAAGGCCACCAUUAUGUUUAGGAAAAUUUGUCCCUUAAGUUUUAACAGGUGUCUUUUAGUCAGAAUAAGAUGUUUUGUUUUUUUUUCUGGGACCAAAUAUCUUUCACCUCUUAAAAGAUGAGGAUUAGACUCCAAAAUAGAUUAUAGCUUCUGCAGUCCAGGAAGUCAAAAAAAAAAAAAAUAAAAUCAAUCUUAUCAAAAGUGGUUUACUAGAGCUUUCAGUCAUGUAAUUGUUGCACAACCUUAAAAAUGUGUGUUUCAUGGCCUCAUAUGAUUAGGGUAUGUUUUCUGGAGUAGAUGAUUUACGAAGUUCAGCAACUCAUUCACUUGGAGUCUGGUAAGGGCAAAGAGUGGUGGGGGCCGAGUUUGCACUGACCACAUUAGUUUAACAAAAGCACAUACUUGACACUUUGCUCACUCCUGCUGUAAGGGCGCCCAGAAAAAGUGCACAAGCCUUCAAAUUAAUGCUUUCCAACAUUGUUUUAAACGUGACUUUAAAUGCAUGCUGUUAGUCAUUUUUUUGUAUUGCUUUAGGUGUAGAAUGGCAGCGUUUGCUGCAGAGGCAGUCCAGCUCGUUCCACUGUUUCAUUGCCAUUCAACCACAUUUGAACAGGCAGCUGCAUUGGUUUCAGUGGUGUGACACUCACCUUAAUACCCAAGUUGAAAUGCAGAAAAUACACAGCAAACCGUUUGUCAGAAUACUUUAUUCCACGAUGGUAAAGUUACAUUG